UGUAGGCUCACUUGACAUUACGCGCACGUCUAGCCGAAGCCUACUUUCUCAGAGCGCACAGGCGCACUGUUCACCAAGGAGGAACUAAGGAGACUUCACGCUGCAGUAACCUCUGAUCAAAUAUGUUUUGUUAAAACCAGAAACAUAGAGAUUCGAUGUUUUGUAAGGUUUUACGCACAGCACCAGAGCAUCCUGUGACUUUCAUUUACUCUAUCAGUAAACAGUUCUGUGAAAAUCUAGAUCAGUUGGACUGUUUUGUGGCGGACCUGUUGUAGGCAUAAUGUGGGGAAUCCACCGGACACGGUAUGCAGACUGCAACGGCUCUGAAGCCAGUGAAGAGACCGAGAUUGUUGUGAACAUCGGCGGUGUGAAACAGGUACUGUAUGGCGACGUGUUGAAUCGUUACCCGGACACUCGGCUGGCAGAACUGGUGGACUGUUCACUUAAGUCUUCGGAAGAAACAUCUUUACUAUGUGACGACUACGACCCUGACACUGGAGAAUUUUAUUUUGACAGAGACCCAGAAGCCUUUAAGUGCAUAAUUGAGAUGUAUUAUUAUGGAGAGAUUCACAUGAAAAAAGGCAUCUGCCCAAUUUGUUUUAUGAAGGAGAUGGAGUUCUGGAAAAUUGACUCUGAUUUUCUGGAUGAAUGCUGUAAAAGCCAUUUGAAAGAGGUGGAAGAUGAACUUGCAGAGAUUGCAGAGAAAGUGAAAACUAUCCUGGUGGAUCGAGAAGGAGAUCCGUCUGCAGGGGGCUGGCAACGCUUCCAGAUGUGUCUUUGGAGGCUGAUGGAGAAGCCAGAGUCCUCGCUGCCUGCGCAUAUCAUCGCCAUAGCUUCUUUCAUUUUCAUUCUCGUCUCCUCCGUGGUCAUGUGCAUCGGGACCAUUCCCGAGUUGCAGGUGGAAGACUCAGAAGGCAAACUCACUGAUAACCCAACUCUGGAGGUCAUCGAGACGGUGUGCAUCGGCUGGUUUACUAUUGAAUACAUCCUGCGUCUAAUCUCCUCCCCUAACAAAAUAAAAUUCGUUUUGUCUUUUAUGAAUAUAAUCGAUUUCAUGGCGAUCAUGCCCUUCUUCGUGGUGCUGAUUCUGACCUCUUUCGGUGCUGGAGUAAUGGAGCUGGCUAACGUGCAGCAGGCUGUGCAGGCUUUACGCAUAAUGCGCAUUGCGCGCAUUUUCAAGCUGGCGCGCCAUUCCUCUGGACUCCAGACCCUCACAUCUGCCUUGAAGAGCAGCUUCAAAGAGCUCGGCCUGCUCCUCAUGUAUAUGGGCGUGGGGGUCUUCCUUUUUUCCGCACUGGGCUACACCAUGGAGCAGAACCACCCGGACACCUUGUUCACCAGCAUCCCACAGUCGUUCUGGUGGGCUGUGAUCACCAUGACCACAGUGGGAUAUGGAGACGUCUACCCCAAGACCACUUUAGGUCGGUGUAACGCGGCCAUCAGCUUUCUGUGCGGAGUGAUCGCCAUAGCGCUGCCGAUCCAUCCCAUCAUCAACAAUUUUGUCAUGUUCUACAACAAGCAACAGGUGCUGGAGACUGCGGCCAAGCAUGAGAUUGAACUGAUGGCGCUCCGCUCCGGCAAGAAGGAUCGGCCCGGAACCCAUAAACAUUUUUGUCUUGCAGGCGUCUGGGACAACACCGCGCGCUCCUGUCACAGCGACAUACAUCUCCUUACUGAAGAACCCCAAGGGAGCAGCAGACAUCUGACGCACAGCUUAGAGGCAAGAUUUGGGAACAUGAGCAAUGAUUGACCGGACAUCGUCUGAAAAUACGGAAGAAAAAAAAGAUAAACAUCAAUUUGAAUGGUCAUUUUUGACUUGCUCAAACUUAACCCGCUAAUUCUAUAAUACAAUGAUGACUUGAGAUUGUAAAUAGGCUCGUAAAAAUAACAGGACUGCAGUGAAUGUCUCAAAGGACUCACGCCUAUUAGAGGGACGUGAAAUACUGACUUGAUGAGCUGUGCCUUUGCGCAGCGACUCCCUGUAGGAGUUAUGUUUGAAAACACUGUUUACCCCACGUAGGAUUCUUAUAUAACACCCCCCUAUCCCCAGUCCUCACACAGGUACUGUAGACCACUCUGUAGCUUAUUCCACUGCACAGGAUCACAGUUAAUUAUUUUUAAAAUAAUAAAGAUAGACAGCUCAUCAUGGAGAACAGGAAAGUAUAGCCAUCCUAUGAUAAAAGCAAAACUGAAGGAAAACUGAAGCUGCUUAAAAGUG